GACCACAGUGUCACUAACGCACUAACACACACACUGCAGAUCGGUGUGAAUGCGCGCGGGAGGUGGGCGGGGUUUGAGAUACGGUUGGAUCCUGCGCCCUCUCUCUCUCUCUCUCUCUCUCUCUCUCUCUCUCUCUCUCUCUCUCAGGGUUUAUAUUCGGUAACAGGAGAACAGAUUCCCAGGUAACGGAGGUGUGUGUGUGUGGAGGCGAGGCAGAUGCGUCCUGUGUGAGCGUAGAGCAUGAGGAGAUGGAUGCGGAUCAGUCUGAUUAUUCUGAUGAUCCGUGGGUGAUCACGUCUGAGCAGAUGGAUUAUUACACUCAUCAGUUCCUCAGUCUUCAGUGUGACCCCUCAGGCCUGAUCCUGGGCCCUGAUGCAAAAAACUUCUUCACGAAGUCGAAGCUGCCGAUCCUCGAGCUCUCUCAUAUAUGGGAGCUGAGUGAUGUGGAUCGGGACGGAGCCCUCACUUUCCCAGAAUUCUGCAUGGCGUUUCACCUGGUAGUGGCUCGUAAGAACGGUUACACACUUCCUGAUCAGCUGCCACACACACUGCUCUCAGCCUUCAGACCUCCACCUCAGGACUCACAGCCUCUCAUCGUAUUUGAGGACACCGAGACUCUCAGGCAAAAGGAAAUAAUCAGCCAGCAGGACGUCCGAGAGGAGACACAUGUGCAAGAGUUCAGUCAGGAGAGAGUAGAUGAAAACCAGACAAUACAGCAAGGCAGCACUGUAAAACCAGAUCCUCCUAAUGAGCUAGAUGUUAAUGCGAAGUCAAGAACCAGACCCAGGUCUUUCUCCAGCACCUCUAUAGAUGAUGCUAUGAAGAAAUCAGAAGAGCCUCCUACUCCUCCACCCCGUCCUCAAAAAACACACUCUCGUGCUUCAUCACUCGAUCUGAACAAACUCCUGCAGCAGGGAGGGAAGAGCGGCUGGCUUCCUCAUCCUCCUGCACUUCCACCUCGGACCACCUCGACCUCACAGACUCCUCACGUCCUCCCCGCGGUGGAGCAAAACUCCCAGCAAGCCGUGCAGCAGCCUUAUUUUGUAGACUUUAACAAGUGCAGAGUUCAGGAGGAUUCCACGGUGCUCUCCCAAAGCCACACCCCUCAGAAACCAGCCCGCAAAAAACUCCACUCAGAAAGCCAGGCUGUGGGUGUGGUCUGUCUAAACCCCGCCCCUUCAUCAGGGCACAAACUGGGUCCACGGCUGAAGAAAGAGAUUCAGAUGGCCAUCAGGAAGAAUAAAGAAGCGAAUGCUGUGCUGAAACGCCUCAACAGUGAACUGCAGCAACAGUUAAAGGAGAUUCACCUCCAGAGGGUUACAUUAGAGUCUCAGCUGGACCUGCUGCGUCCAUCAGCCUCCACUUGACCUCCUGAAAACAAACACACACACACACGCACACACACACACACACACACACACACUGUGUCACUGAUAACAUUGCAAUGAAACAGUAUUCCUUCAGAACUGCAAUAUUCUAGGAUUUGAUUUGCUUUGAUUAAAGUCUGAACAGCUGAAACUGAUCCCAGAUCAGCAGCUUCAUGCUGAUUAAUGUGAUCAGAGUUCAGACAGACACAAGAUCAGACUUUAUAAACAGACACAAGAUCUAUAGGGCUAAAACUGAAGGACAGCAAGAGAGAGAUAGAGUAGGAAAGGAGACACGUAGAGAACCAGAAGAGAACCAGAGGACCACACACUGCAUUCAGACCUCAUGUUAUGUUUGUCCACAACAGAAGUGUGUCAGUUCUGCAGGAUUCUGACCUUAAACUUGAGCUUCUUUUCCUUCCAUGUUCCCAUCAGCAGAGUGAGGAGCAUUACUGAGUCCAGUUAGGACUCCUGCAGCAGCGUAACGAUGAUGGCUUCAGUUUAUUUUACAGUGUGUUAGAUGUUACAGCAGAGAGGAAUGGAGACCACAGAGAUGUGACCUACAGGCAGGAGAUUUUAAUCAUCUCAACUGGUUCAGGGUUGUUACUGUAGCUUCCUAAAAGGGUUCUUCUGAAAGUUCAGGGUUCUCCACAGCACCUUUGACGAGGGUUUCUGACUGUCAUCAUCGCACUCACACUGGGAAUCUGCUCUUCUUCACAUUUUCCUACAUAAUCUACAUUUAUUUUUAUAAAAGAAACAAUUAAAUUAACAGGUUAAUAAACUUGCGACUGAUGAUGUAUUAUUUUUUAUUUCCAUAGACAGUGAAUUAUCAUGAGAUCAGAGCAUCGCCGUCUCACCGCUCGUCUCCGGUCACUCGCUCACUGUGGAAACUUCCCUUUAUUUCUAUUUGUUGUCUUUCUUUUGUAUCAUUUCUAUAAAACAUUUAAACACCAAACUGCUCUUACUGAGAACCUGUUAUUAUUUUUCUUUAACACUCGAUGCUGAAAUCAUUAACGGUAAUGUUAAUAAACCCAAAGAUACAUUUGUAAGAA